AUGUCAUCACUCGACCUAUCUUAUUACGAACCGUUCCACAGAAAUGCCGUUCUUAAUGGCAAAAGAUGGCACUAUGUAGACAUUCCUGGAGACUCCAGUGGCUCUCUUGGUAGAGGAAAGACACUUUUGCUGGUCCAUGGGUUCCCAGACACUUGGUACGGGUGGCGGCAUCAAGUGCCUGUGUUCCGUAAGCACGGAUUUCGGCUCUUGAUUCCCUCCUUGCUUGGUUUCCCAAGAAGUGAAGCUCCUCUUACUCACCCUGGAGUUGCCACAGGAGAGAAGUUCGAUGGUCACAAUGUUCACAAGGAGCUGGGUCUGGAAGAUGAAAACAUUCAGGAACUUGAAUGUUACACGGCUGACUUCUUUGCCAAGAGCAUGGUCCAACUGCUGGACCAAUUGGGGAUCGACAAGGUCUGUUCCUUUGGACAUGACUGGGGAGCUGUCUUUGCUCCCCGACUUUGGCUCAAUUAUCCUGAGAGAGUCGAAUGUGUGUCAUCAGCAUGCUGGUACUACCAAAUGCCAAUGGAGGGCUUCGUCGACUUGAAAGAUUUCGCAGAGGUGGCUCCUUCAUUGAGAUACCAAUUGUACUGGGGAGGAGACGCUCCUCAAGAAGUCAUCCAGAAGCCGCUCAAGGAAUUUAUGGACAGAAUGUACCACCAUCCUACAGAGAAUCAUCUUCUGACAUCGGAAGCUGAAUACAACAACAUUCUCAAGGAGUUUCAAUAUGGAGGAAAGACCAUUGCUCCCAUGUUUCCUCUCUACAAGUCACGAAAGUUAGCCUACGAUAUCGAUGAAAGGGACUUUCUGACCAAGGGGAGAACAGAGGAAGACUUGGCGGUGGAUGUGCCGUACUUGUUUAUCGGGGCCGAGUUUGACAUUGCUCUUCAGCCCGGAAUGGAGUCUGUUUUGGAGGGUUAUGUGAAGGAGGGACUACUAGAGAAGCAAUGGGUCCCCUGUGGACAUUGGGUCUUGUUUGAGGAGCCUGAGAAGAUGAACAAGAUUUAUAUUGACUUUCUGAAGAAGGUGUUUGGAUCGUCGAAGUUGUAG